ACCACCGUUGAAUUUUCUUGAACUCUCGCUCUCCAUAGCAGCAGAGAGAGAGAGAUAGAUAGAGGAUGAAUACCGCAAUGGCGGCGAGCUUCUCUCGGCUUCCGUUCAAGCCGGAAACCCGCCAUGGGAUCUCUGCUGCUUCUCCUUCUCCAGCAUCCGCGAGCUCCACAGCUCUUGUUUCGUCUCCCAACCUCAAAUUUCUCGGCCUCAGGUCGCUGAGGCCGGUCGUUAUGUGCAAUAGCAGCACUAGACCCGGUGGCCCCAGCUCAGGCGAUAGUGAAAGCCGGAAUAUCUUGGAUGCUUUUUUUCUGGGAAAGGCUGUUGCAGAAACACUUAACGAGCGUAUAGAGUCCACCGUUGGGGAGUUUCUGAGUACAGUGGGAAGAUUGCAGGCUGAGCAACAGAAGCAAGUACAGGAGUUUCAGGAAGAGGUGUUUGAAAGAGCCAAAAGGGCCAAAGAGAAAGCAGCUCGAGAAUCGAUGGAAGCACAAGGACUCCUUCCUAAAUCUACUGCUGCAGAUGUAACACCAGUCACUGAUGGUGCUGCAGCUUCUUCACCAUCUUUAUCCUCAAGAAAAGCCCCGGAGUCAAACCCUUCUAGUAACGCCUCUGCUGGGUCUCCUGAGGUUUCAGAUGGGACAGAAGCUUUUCUUCCAAUCUAAGCUCAUGCUCAUCGCUCAGCUACUAUAUAUGGAUCUUCGGCUCACUGGAAUCUUCAUGAAUCCUGAACCAGAGAUUAGCAUGCUUGAUAUCUUGCUAUUAUGGGUUUAGGAGUACCCAAUCGACUUUUAAACUAAAGCCAUCAUCACUGUAGAUUUCUCGCACAAGCAUUCCCAUUGUUGAGAUAUGGAGUCCCCAGCAAAACGACCAUAGUACAACCCCAACAAAACUUCUUCCUAAUAAGGCACAUAACUCGGUUUUUUUAUCUUCA